GGCGAAUGCGAUUCUCUCUCUAUACGCGCGGUGUGUGUGUCGACUGUUACUGUCCACACGCACCAACUAAUUGGCACCUGUAAGGGUUUCUCGCCUGCACCUGUUCAUCACCUCUCUCUCUCCUCCUUCCCCCACUGUCUCUCUAAAAACCCCCAUUUCUCUCUCCUAAAAUCCCUACGCCAUUGUUCUUCCUGCUUCGUUUUAGCCUAGACGAGAGAGCUCAAGCUUCGUGCUCGACAAGUGAUCAUGGAGUCAGCAUUCGGAGGCUGGCCAAGCAAUUAUGCCAGCCCACUAGCAGCCAAGUUUCCACCUUAUAGCCCCACUGCAGGAGUGUAUUACAGGGAACGGAAGAGAACAAGAUCACCCGGUGAAGAAAAAUUGAACGGAAAUGUGGCACGUGAUGAACCCAAAUUGAAGAAAGCAAAAACUUCUUCGAAAGUUAUUGAUUAUUCUGAUCCAUUUGCGGUGCCGAAUUUGUUAGAGUCUCUUGAUAGUGGUAAAUAUGGUAGUGUUACCAAAGAAAUAAAGGAUCUAAUUGAUAGGAGGAGGCAAACAUUAAAUACUUAUUUUGGAUUGGAUCCGACGCUUAUGGACGUAGAAGUUAACCUGGCAAGGGGGGCUUCAAAGGAGAACCUUCCGGCAACUCCUUCGGCUCAGAAGGAUGUCAUUGACUUGGUUGACGAUGAUGUUGCAAAUGAUGUUCCAGUUGAGAGAUUGCCGAUUGUAGUUAUUGAUUCGGAUGAUGAAGAGACAGGAGACCAGAAAUCGUUGUACCCAUAUCGAGAGAUUGUCUUGCCAAAGCCAGCUGGGGAGUUUCUAAUGAAGGAUUUUCUGGAUAGGGAUUCUGCUCAAAACCGAAGUUUCAAAAAAUCCAAUGCAAGGCUUGCUAGUGAGGAUGAAAGCACAAAAGAUAAGGGUGUUCAUGUUCAGGUAGAGGAUGCUAUGGAAGGUGAAGAUGAAAGAACGAAAGAUAAAGGUGUUUAUGUUGGUGUUGAGGAUGAUAUGGAAACUCAGGAAGGCAAUGAUUAUGAUGGUCUGGACGAUAUUUGGAAGGAAAUGACUGUUGCAUUAGAAUGUUCCAAGGAUACCGCAGACGGUCCUCCAACUGAUGAACAUGUAAAAGAAGAGCAAGAUGAGUGUGACCAUACUUUUGUGUUGAAAGAUGAUCUUGGUUAUGUUUGUCGAAUUUGCGGAGUAGUUCAGAGAGGAAUCGAAACCAUAAUUGAGUACCAGUACGCAAAGGGCACAAGGUCUACACGCACAUACUUUUAUGAUGGCCGGACUAUAAAGGACAAGGAAGCAACUGAAAUAUUUCAUGAUGGGGUUAAAUUAUCUGGACAGGAUUUUGCUGUCACUGAAAUUGCUGCUCAUCCCAGGCACAAAAAACAAAUGAAACCCCAUCAAGUUGAGGGCUUCAAUUUUCUACUGAGUAAUUUGGUUUCAGAGAAUCCAGGUGGCUGCAUCAUGGCCCAUGCUCCUGGUUCUGGAAAAACUUUCAUGAUAAUUAGUUUUAUGCAGAGUUUUUUGGCCAAGUAUCCCCAUGCUAGACCAUUGGUGGUGCUGCCAAGAGGCAUUCUGGCUACAUGGAAGAAAGAGUUUUUGAGAUGGCAAGUUGAGGACAUUCCGCUAUAUGACUUCUACUCCGUAAAAGCCGAUAAUCGAGCACAGCAGCUUGAGGUGCUAAAACAGUGGGCAGAUCAGAGAAGCAUACUUUUUCUGGGAUACAAGCAGUUUUCUUCAAUUGUAUGUGACAACGAUACCAACAAGACUGCCGCUGCCUGCCAAGAAAUACUGCUAACGUACCCAUCCAUUCUCAUUCUGGAUGAAGGUCAUACUCCUAGAAAUGAGAAUACAGAUGUCCUAAACUCGCUGAAGAAAGUCCAGACGCCCCGAAAAGUUGUACUUUCAGGCACCCUUUAUCAGAACCAUGUCAAAGAGGUCUUCAACAUUUUUGAUCUCGUUCGCCCAAAAUUCUUGAAGAUGGAUACUUCUCGUGCGAUUAUGAGGCGGAUCUUGAGCAGAGUGCCAAGCAUGAGGAGGAAGCAUAUGAAGGCAAAGGGCUUGGACAAUGUGUUCUAUGAAUCAGUAGAGCGAGCACUACAGAAAGAUGAGAAUUUCAAGAGAAAGGUUACUGUCAUUCAAGACUUGCGUGAAAUGACAGGCAAGGUUCUCCAUUUCUACAAAGGAGAUUUUCUUGAUGAAUUGCCUGGGCUUGUUGACUUUACUGUAUUUCUUCACCUCAGCCCUAGACAAAAGCGUGAAGUUGAAGAACUAAAGAACUUAGUUAGGAAGUUCAAAAUUAGCUCGGAUGGGAGCGCACUUUAUGUGCACCCACAGUUGAGAUCUCUCCUAAAGAGUUCACCUAGAGACACGUCAACUAGAGAAAGAGAGGGGCUUGAUGAUGCCCGGAUGGACCAGAUCUUAGAGAAGUUGGAUAUUAGAGAAGGAGUGAAGGCAAAGUUCUUCCUUAAUCUAUUAGGCUUGUGCGAAUCAGGUGAUGAGAAGCUAUUGGUUUUCAGUCAUUAUCUCCAGCCACUUAAGUUCUUGGAAAGGCUUGCAAUGAAAGUGAAGGGUUGGACUCUGGGAAAAGAAAUGUUUGUAAUCACCGGUGAUUCCAGUUCUGAGAUUAGAGAGUGGUCCAUGGAUCGUUUUAACACUUCCCCAGAUGCUCGAGUCUUCUUUGGAUCAGUAAAAGCGUGUGGGGAAGGAAUAUCUCUAGUGGGUGCCUCACGAAUCAUCAUCCUGGACGUCCAUCUGAAUCCAUCGGUCACUCGUCAAGCAAUUGGGCGUGCCUUCCGACCAGGUCAAGAGAAGAAAGUGUACACCUAUCGGUUGGUUGCUGCUGGCUCGCCGGAAGAGGAAGACCACAUGACUUGCUUCAGAAAGGAAACUAUUGCAAAGAUGUGGUUCGAAUGGAAUGAGUAUUGUGGUCAGCAAGAGUUUGAAAUGGAGACUGUCAACGUGAGUGACUGUGGCGACCAGUUCUUGGAGACCUCGAAGUUGAGUGAAGAUAUAAAAGCUCUGUACAAAAGGUAAAUGGCGAUGUAGGUCUGAGGCAUGGGCUGUAGAUGUAAAUUUUUGACAUGUCCUCGUUACUGAUUCUCAGGCUGUAAUUUCUUCACAGUAUGGAACUCUGACAGGCAGUGUAGGAUGGUUUCUUUGUAGCAAUUUUGUUUUAGAUGCUUGUUGAGAAUCAGACAUAUGUUAGGUUCUGUGGAGCAAGAAAAGUGUUUUAAGUUUAUUAAGAUGUUCAUUUAAGGUUUGUGAAUGUGAAUUGAGAAUGACUCUCUUUUGACUCUUUCUGGAAUUGUAAAGUUUAGGAUCCUUCUCUCUGUACAGGGCAGCAGCUCAUUUCAGAAGUGAAGUUGUAAAUACAUGCUUUAUGAAAGUUAUGCUUGCAGGAUAGAUCGUUUUUGUG